AUGUUUAGGAAUUCCCAACCAAAUUAUCAUAAUCCUCAUAAAUGUACCGCGGCGGAUUACGAGUGGAUAAUUCUGCAACAUUUUGAUUCGAAGAUGUACUCGGACAAUGUUACUAAUCAUUCAUCAAGGAAACAUAUAUUGUGA